ACGUAUUAGCCCCGCCUCUUUCCGGAAGCUGGCUGUCAUGUGACUUGUUUGUUGGCGAUCUGCUGUAAGGAACCGCAUCAUUUCAUUACGACAACAAACAAGCGCUUGUCCCGUGUAAAUCCCCCUUUCCCCCUUCUGUCCUCCUCUCUCCCUUCACCGCCAUGGACGAAACGAGCCCGCUAGUCUCUCCGCUUCGCGAUUCCAACGAUUUCAGCUACGGUCCCGCCGAGCCGACCAGUCCCCGGGGCGGAUUUGGAGGGACGCCGGGCUCCGUGGUGCGUCUGCCGGCUGGGAGUCCCGGACGCAGCCGCGAAAGACAGCCGCUUCUAGACCGAGAUCGAGGCGCGUCUCCCCGGGACCCGCACAGGAACGAGUUCCCGGAGGAUCCGGAGUUCAGAGAGAUUAUCCGGAAGGCAGAGCGGGCCAUCGAGGAUGGCAUCUACCCGGAGCGCAUCUAUCAGGGCUCCAGCGGCAGCUACUUCGUCAAAGAUUCAGGAGGGAAGAUCAUCGGCGUCUUCAAACCAAAGAACGAGGAGCCGUACGGCCAGCUGAACCCCAAAUGGACCAAAUGGUUGCAGAAGCUCUGCUGUCCGUGCUGUUUCGGCCGGGACUGUCUGGUCCUGAACCAGGGCUACUUGUCAGAGGCCGGCGCCAGUUUGGUGGACCAGAAACUAGAGCUCAACAUAGUGCCGCGCACCAAGGUGGUGUAUUUAGCAAGCGAGACGUUUAAUUACAGCGCCAUCGACCGAGUAAAGUCUCGAGGAAAGAGGUUAGCGCUAGAAAAGGUGCCCAAGGUGGGCCAACGUUUUCACCGGAUUGGCCUGCCACCCAAGGUGGGCUCAUUCCAGCUCUUCGUAGAGGGGUAUAAAGAUGCCGAUUUCUGGCUGCGGCGGUUCGAGGCGGAGCCUUUACCAGAAAACACUAAUCGCCAACUUCAGCUACAGUUUGAGAGACUGGUAGUGCUGGAUUACAUCAUCAGAAACACAGAUCGAGGAAACGACAAUUGGCUCAUCAAAUAUGACUGUCCGAUGGAUACAUCAAGCAACAGGGACAGUGAUUGGGUGGUAGUGAAGGAUCCUAUCAUUAAACUAGCAGCCAUUGACAACGGUCUGGCCUUCCCUCUCAAACACCCGGAUUCGUGGAGAGCCUAUCCGUUUUACUGGGCUUGGCUGCCGCAAGCAAAAGUUGCGUUUUCCCAAGAGAUCAAAGAAUCAGUUCUGCCCAAAUUAUCCGACCCGAACUUCAUUAAAGACCUUGAGGAAGAUCUAUAUGAGCUUUUUAAGAAAGACCCGGGUUUCGACAGAGGACAGUUCAAGAAGCAGGUCUCAGUAAUGAGGGGUCAGAUCCUAAACCUGAGUCAGGCGCUGAGGGACGGUAAGACGCCGCUGCAGCUGGUGCAGAUGCCGCCGGUGAUUGUGGAGACUGCGCGAGCGCCGCAGCGAGCCAACAGCGAAUCUUACACGCAGAGCUUCCAGAGCAGAAGACCCUUCUUCACCUGGUGGUGAUGUGGGCUCACAUGCCUGCGUACAGCCUAUUUUAGUUGCGGUUUUGCAUUGGGACUUUGGGAACAAACGAGAGUAACUGAUGACAAACACAUAAUUGUGAAGGAGAGCAUUGCCUUGUUGACUGUUACACUGUAUGAACACUCAAAGCCGCGUUCAGAAUGACCUGCAUGUCAGCAAGAUGACGAAGGAAAAACUUUCUGCUGUAGUUAAACCUCGAUGCUUGACGGCACUGGACCUCGAUGUGCGGCGCGCUGCUCGACUAUAUCAUUCAUAAACGUUUUCUGGUCAGGGUUUUCUUGCCUCGCUUGUUUCGUUCUCAUUGAAAAGUCACACUCUCGCCUGCUUUUUUUUUCAUUAGCAUUAUAUUUUUCUACUUUUUUACGCUCACUGGCGUUCAUAACCUGGAGGCGGAGUCGACUGAGCACGUGCAGAAACACUGGAAUGUUCCAUUCCUGCAGUGACAUCAUUCUUUUCCUUUUUUGUUCGUCGUUUGAUUUCAUUUGAAAAUUUAAGAUAUUGUAAUUUUUUUUUAACAAUGUACACACGUGUCAACAAAACUGACCUUAAAACGUGACAAUGGACUGUAUAUAAUUUGUAUGUACUGUAUUUAAUGAGAGAUGCUAAAACUAUAACCGUGCGAUACUCAAUAAAAGAACAGACCUGA